AUGCGACCUAUAAAAGAAGUUCAAUUCUAUUGUUAUAAACUAAGACGAAUAGAAGAGGAAAAUAACCAUCAAUGGGAUCGACCACUUGAAUUCGUCUUAUCGCUGAUUUCGAAUUCAGUUGGUCUCGGCAAUGUUUGGCGAUUUCCUUAUCUAGCAGCGCAGAGCGGUGGUGGUGCUUUUCUUAUUCCAUAUUUUCUUCUCUACUUUUUAAUUGGAGCUCCACUCUAUUAUAUGGAAUUGGCUCUUGGUCAAUUUACAAGUCGAGGACCAGCCUCAGGAUUUGUUCUCGCUAGAGGAUGGCAAGGUGUAGGAUUUGCUAUGAUAAUCAAUAGUGUCUUGGGCACUCUAUAUUAUAAUGUUAUCAUUGCUUGGGCGCUCUUCUACUUUGUUCUUUCAUUUCGUAAGACACUCUUAUGGUCUGAUUGUGGUCAUUGGUGGAAUUCAAACCGAUGUUUUGUUCCUGGCUUUCAAGGAAAUACUUCGACAGGAAAUGACACAACAUUGAAUUGUACAGCAUUACUAGCUAGUAAUUUAUCCAAUUUUACAUGUCCACCAACCAAUAAUACUAAAGAUGUACCAGCCACUGAAGAAUUCUUUUAUCGACUUCUUUUGAAUAAAAGCUCAAGUUUUGAUGAUUUCGGUGUUCCCGGUACUUACAUGUCCGUUUUAUUACUUGGAGCUUGGAUUAUUAUUUGUUUGUGCAUUUUUCGUGGUGUUCAAUCAUCAGGCAAAGUGGCAUAUUUCACGGCUAUAUUUCCAUAUAUUGUUCUUCUUAUAUUGAUUAUUUUCACUGCAACACUUGAAGGAGCUGGCAAAGGCAUUCGAUACUAUAUAGUGCCCCGAUGGGAACUCAUCGGCAAUUUUCAGAUAUGGCAAGCAGCAGCUUCUCAAGUUUUUUUCUCUUUGAGUAUUAGUUUUGGUUCACUUAUUGCUUAUUCAGCGGCCAAUGACUUUCAUAAUAAAUUUUUCCAACAAAUGUGUAUUGUGGUUUGUUGUGAUUGUUUCACCGGUGUUUUUGCUGGUUUUGCCGUUUUUGCUACUGUUGGAUUUCUUGCUACAUCAUUAGGAAGAGAAGUCGAAGAAUAUGCUCGAUCAUCAGGUCCUGGUUUAGCAUUUAUUACUUAUCCUGAAGCACUAUCGAAAAUGCCAGCCAGUCCAUUUUUUUCUAUAAUCUUCUUUUUAAUGCUUCUUGCUCUUGGAUUGGGUUCACAGGUGCUCACCAUUUCCAAUUUAAUAGGUGCUGCGCCACUGUCAAUAAAGGCUGCUGGUGGAUUUCCAGACUAUGAAUUUCCAAGAUGGAGUGUUAUAUUAGGAUGGUUUAUCUUUGUUUUUUGUAUUCUUCCAAUUCCACUCGUCUUCAUCAUCAGUUACUUUCGCGAAUAUCGAAGGCUUUCUGCUCUUCAAACAACAACUGCUAUUCUCGGUGACAAUAGUCAGUUGACAGAGUAUAAGGAGCCGAAACCUAUUUACUUGCAAGCAUUGACAGCAAAUAAUUCGCCUGCAGAUACUUGGGGACCUAGAAGAAGAAAGCACCAGAAAGAUGCAUAUGCUCAUUUGGCUGUACGAUCAGCUAAAACUAAUAUCCCUUCUCAACAACAGUUUCCUGAACAAUCAUCAAAAGUGAUGAACAAUACAGAUACUCAAACGGGUGUGAUAAAUCCAACUUUUGAUGAAGGCUCGGCAAUGCAUGACGAUGACGGAAACACUUCACAUGAAAAGCUUUGA